AUGGCGCCUUUCAAACUUCAACAACCUAAGAACAGAGAGCUUCUGGGUGGUGAUCUGGCGGCUCAAGCAUUGAAGAAUCUAGGCGUCGAUGUCGCAUUUGGUCUCCAUGGUGGCCACUUGGAUGCUUUCCUGGUUGGUGCUCAUGAUGCGGGUAUCAAACUAAUCGACACUCGGCACGAGACGACAGCCGUACAAGCUGCAGAAGGAUACGCCAAAGUUUCUGGGAAGACCGGAGUGUGCUUCGUUACUGCAAACAGCGGCUUCUGCAACGGCCUUCCGGGUCUUGCCACGGCGUUUGCGGACCGAUCACCCAUCUUCUGCGUCACCUCUAGUCCACCACUCCAAGAUGCCGAGACGAAUGCACUGCAGGGCUUCCACGACCAAGUUGUCCUGGCCAAGCCGAUCACGAAGUUUGCCCAUCGUGUGACAAACGUCGAAGAGAUUCCUAGAAUCGUAGCGUUCGCUUUUCGAGCGGCAAGUACUGGUAUCAAAGGCCCAGUCUUGAUCGAUUUCCCCAUCGACGUCCUCUUCUCGCCUCCACAGCUACAUCGCGUAGCCUUCGGUGCUGUCGACGUCCCUCCAGUAGAUCCGCCGGCUCCAAACCCUGCAGCACUUGAUCGGCUGUUGGAGGCAUGGAAAGGGGCCAAGCGACCUGUCAUCAUCCAUGGCACUGGUGUUCGAGGCAUCGACAAUACACUUACCAAACUGGUUGAGGUAACUCACUCUCCUGUCUUCUAUUCGAACAAAUUGAGCACACCGAUCGCCGCAGAUCAUGAGCUCCGAGGCGGUCCUGCUGGUGGUCUGGCAGCCUUAGCAGGGAAGGAACAGGCCGACUUUGUGUUACUGCUCGGUGGUCGAACUGGAUUCCUGCUCGGCGGACGAAGUGGAGCCAUCAUUCCCAACAAUGCUACAAUUGCUCAGGUCGACCUUGAUGGAGCGGAGAUAGGAAAGACCCAUGCUGUUAACAUCGGCAUUGUUGCAGAUGCUAGCUUAUUCUGCGAACAAGCUGCAGCAAAAGCAUCUGAGGCUUCAUUCAACCGAAAUGAAGAAUGGGUCAAGAAAUGUCGCAAACUGUGUACUGAUCCGCUGCCAUUUGAGAACGAGCCCAAGAUGCAGAAGGACGGUCAGAUCCACCCGUAUCAUGCCAUGGCAAGUGUCAUGAGGUCUCUCCCGCGAAAUGCCAUAAUCAUGAUUGACGGAGGCGAGGCUGGACAAUGGGCAUCAAUGUCUGCUGAACUGGCUGGAGCAAAGCAUGUCAUCACACCACCAGGCUAUCUUGGCUUCCUUGGAAAUGGAUGGGGCUAUUCGAUUGGUGCAGCUGUUGCUGAUCCUAACCGAUUGAUUGUAAACAUGCACGGCGAUGGCAGUGCAGGCUUCCACAUUCAGGAGUUGGACACCUUUGCACGUUUCGGCCUGAAUAUCUUGACUAUCAUUGCAAACAACUACGUCUGGGGCAUGAGCGUGAAUGGUCAAGACCUCAUCUAUGAAGGCAAAACCGACGCACGACCUGCAAUUCAGUUGAGCAAGAGCUGUGCGUAUGAGGUCGUGGCACAAGGGUUCAACUGCAAAUCCGCCAAGGUUACCGAGUACGACCAGAUCAAGCCUACCGUCGAAGAGCUGUCAAAGUCUGGCCCUUCGCUCAUCAACAUGAUCGUUUCUGUUAAGCCUACCUCUCCUGCAACCCUUGGUAUGGUUGGCGCCACGAACGAUCCCAACGUGAUAGUGGUGCCGUACUACGACAACGUACCAAGACCUUACUACAAGAACGCAGAGAACGGCCAGGCUAACGGACACUCUUGA